GUGAAUCCGUUGCACGUGUGUACGGAUUAGAGUGCAAAUCACUGGCCGUUAUUGGAACAAGUAUAGACACCUCAGCUAGGCCCAUCCUGUUCCACUAUCCAUCAUCCAUCACCCAAUCCACUCCGCCUCGCCUUCCUCCGGCGUGCGUCUUCCCUCCGCCGGCCGCCGCUGCCCAGAAGCCGCCAAAUAAAGUCUCCUCCGGCCUGCUUCCCCGCCGCUACCUGCUAAGUGCCACCAUUCGCCGUCGAGGGGCUCGCCGGCAGCUCGGCCGCAGCGGAGGCGGCGCAGAGGUAGGAGACGCGCUGAGGACAAGAUAAGAAUUCUUGUUUGCCAGCUGUGGAAGGAAAAUUACUAUUGCUACCGACCGAAAUUUCCCGGGUUAAUACUAGCAUCAGCGAUCUUCUUAUCGGUUGUUUCAGCACAGCAAAUUGUGCAAGAAAUGACCCCUGAUAGAUUUUGAGGCUGCAGGAUUCUGUUAAAUUUCUUGGUUCAAAGGCACCAAGCAAGCUUCCUUCCGUGUCCCGGUUGCUGCUUUUGCAGCGGAGGAGACAAGGAAUUAUUUUAGGAUCCAUUUCUGGAGGAAUUCCGCACAGGGAAUAGUGUCUGCGAAUUUCUUUGCCAAUAUGUGUGCUACUGGUGCUUCUCGGGUUCUUGAUGUGGAGGUUGCUAUGUUGCAAUGAUAUGCAGCGUCGACAUUAGGGGAAUGCUGAUGACAUGAGCCUGUGGCCACUCCAGGUGUAUUUGCCCUUGUGUUCCAAGUACCGCUGGGGCUAGGAACAUGUGGUCGCCGUUUCAUGACCUUCAUGAGCUGUUCUGCGGUCAGGUCUAAUGGCAUUGCGCUCCGGUUUCUCAUUGAGGAUAGGAUCCGGCGCCGGAGUGCUUGUGCAUACAAGAUGUUCACCCUUGGUUCCCAGAGGAGGAGGGUGAGGCACCCGGUGGUCUUUGCGACGAAGAGGAGGCGGCCGAAGAAGUGGGAACGGCCGUGGUGGAAGACAUUUUUCUACGAUGGGAAUGAAGAUGAGGAGAGCUUGGCUGGCUGGAGGGAGGUUGAUGAAUUGUCGGAGGAGAUUGGCAAUGACCAAGAGCUGUCGGAGAAUGAGAAGUUUGAGACGUGGAGGAGGAAAGCUGAGGCUAUUGUUGAGCUGCGGGAAGCCCAGCAGGAUGCUAUGAAUGCCGAGGAGCGGUCGUGGGAGGAUUGGAUCAGCGGGGGCAGCACAUCAGGGGGUGGAGACGGGGGUGGGGGUGCGAGCAUGUUGGAUCAGAUAACUGAUGAUCCUGCAGAGAUUAUGAGGGAUAAGAGUGUUAUUGAAGUUUUCAGGGAUCCCCUUAAUGAAGAUUAUGAUGACAUGUUGUUCGAAGAUCGAGUUUUUAUGUAUGCCUCAACAAAUUCGGCCAAAUUUCUGGCAAUAUUGAUUGUGGUUCCGUGGGUGAUAGAUUUUCUAGUACAUGACUAUGUUAUGCUGCCCUUUUUAGAGAGGUAUGUCCAGAAGGUGCCACUUGCUGCUGAGUUACUUGAUGUAAGACGCAGCCAGAAGCUCCAGAUGGUUAAAGACCUAAAUAUUGAGAAGGCAAGAUACCGACUUGAAGUAGAGAUUGGUAAAUCUCCUCCGCUUUCUGAUGAGGAGGUCUGGUCAGAGCUGCGGGAAAAAGCGUUAGAGUUGAGAGAUGACUGGAGAUUAGAAAACCGGAAAGCUUUUGCAAAUAUAUGGUCUGAUAUGGUUUAUGGGAUUGCACUAUUCCUUAUUAUCUGCUUCAACCAGAGCAAAGUUGCGAUGCUGAAGUUCACAGGAUAUAAGUUGCUAAAUAACAUUUCAGACAGUGGGAAGGCCUUUCUUAUUAUUCUAAUAUCAGACAUCCUUCUAGGGUACCAUUCAGAGUCAGGUUGGCAUACAUUGGUUGAGGUUAUUCUUGAGCACUACGGGCUUGAAGCAGAUGAAGCUGCAGUCACAUUUUUUGUUUGUUUGGUUCCAGUUGCUUUCGACGUGUUGAUAAAGUUUUGGGUAUACAAAUACCUUCCAAGAUUGUCACCCAGUGUGGUCAACAUUUUGGAUGAAAUAACACGCCACUAGAGAAUUUCUUUUUUUAUAUUGGAAAAUCGCUUGGCAAUUGUCACCUUCCAGGUAACAAUCAUACAAUCUAUUGGAUGGGCAUUCCAAAAUUUCAAUUCUGAAGGAAAUCUUCGUCUGAAAGGCCUCAUAUCAGGUGUCAGCCUUAUUUUCCAUGACCGGGAACUGGAGAAGUAACAUGAGCCGGUUCCUAUUACGAAACCAUAUCAUGUGAAAGACUCUUUGUUAGUCCGUAGUUGGUUCUUAUCCUAAAAUCAUAUAAUGUGGAAGACUCUGUUAGUCCGUUAGCAACACUCAUCUGGUUGAUGUCAAAAAAAAAAAAUCAUCCGGUUGCGCAACAAAGAUUCUGCACCGGAUCCCCUACAGGAAAAAUUCAGAUUCUUUUGACCUGAUAUCUAUCAGCGGCAGUCAGCUCUGCUCACAUGUGGAGCCUUGUUUCAUUUUCAUUUAAGUUUCUGCUGCGCAAAUUCUGAAGAAAGUAUAGC